AUGGACGAUGUUUUUGAAGAACCGGGAUCUACCAGCGCAUAUCACAAACUAAUCCUAGCAAGUUUGAUAAUCACUACUAUACCUCAAGCAAUGGUAAACUUUUCGCCAGUUUUUGUGUUUCAUGCACCGCCGUAUAGAUGCCUAGUUCCGAAGAUUGAUCACCAAAAUGAUAUUCAUUUCAACAAUUCAUAUUUGUUCAACUAUAUUCCUGCAUCUUCGGAAAAUAACAAAACGUUGAGUAACUGCCGAAGAUUCACCGUUGAAAUCCAAACUAAUCAAUCUUCUGAAAAAUAUAUUCGAAUAAAUAAAAGUCUCAUCGAACCGUGCGAAGAUGGUUUCGUAUAUGACAACAUGGACUGCAAAACAACCGCAGCUAUGGAGUUCAACUUAGUAUGUGGCGAAAAGUGGAAAAAACCUUUUCUAACAGCGAGUUUAUCAAUCGGUGCCCUUGCUAGUGGAAUAAUCUCUGGAGCACUAUCAGACAAGUUCGGCAGAAGAACUGCUACUCUUGUAUGCGUCACAAUUUUAAUGUUGGUUAUUUUUGGAUACAGUUUGGCAGUGAAUUAUUGGAUGAGCUGGAUAUUUUUUUUGUUGUAUGGCAGUGGAGGCAGCAUAACUUACAGCUUAACAAUUGUCCAUGCUCAAGAACUCGUCAAGAAAGAGCACAGAGGCCUCAUUGUAUGUCUUUGUAAUAUAUGCUGGUCUGUUGGUUAUAUGAUGCUGACAUUCACUGCAUAUUUCUGCGGCCACUGGAGAUGGAUAAUAAGAAUUCCUGGAUUCUUCUGCAUCUUUUUUAUGACGUAUUACUGUUAUUUGCCAGAAUCUCCGUGUUGGUUGAUGUCUAGAGGAAGAACUGAGGAAGCGGUAGACAUUGCAAAACGAUUUUUGAAUAAAUCGAAAUCAUCUGAAGCAUUUGUCGAACUUAUGCAAAACACGAGACUGAAUGACCAAAAUGAGCAAAACAAUGUUGAAUCGAAGAAUCGAAAACACGUCAGUUUUAAGAAAUCGUUAUCCAUGCUUUUUCAUAACAGAAUUUUGCUGAAAAGAACUCUGAUUUUAUGUUGGUUAUGGAUGGUUUCAUUUGUAUGUUAUUAUACAUUUGGAUAUAACACUUCCAACUUGGGAGGAAGUAGAUAUUGGAAUAGUUUUCAAUCAGCUGCGGCAGAAAUACCUGGAUGGAUACUUGCCUUUUUUGGACUAAAAAGGCUCGGACGCCGUUUGUCAAUAUCUGUUGCCUUUUUGUUAUCAGCAAUGUGCCUCAUUUUGUCUCCACUGCUCGGAUCUUAUGAAAAAGCCAGUAUUGCAAUGGCGAGGAUUGGAAAAGUAUUUUCAUCAUCGACUAUGGGAAUGGUUUAUUUAUAUACAGCCGAACUUUUCCCUACAAUAUUGCGAAGUACAGGUGUUGGAAUAGCUUCUACCUCGGCUGGGGUAGCAUGUGUGAUGGCGCCCUUUCUCGCUUUCUCAGGUGAGGUAUCAGGAAAAUGGAUUCCUUUUUAUGUCAUGGGAGGUUCAAGUUUAAUUGCUGGACUUUUAACGCUUAUACUACCUGAAACAAAGCAUUCCUCGCUUCCGGAAACUUUGAAAGAUUCUGUUGAACUGGAAAAAUACCGAUUGUCAAGAACUUGUACUUCGAGAAAAGACAUCAAAACCGAUGCCAACUGCGAAUGAUUGGAACGAAAAGUUUAUAGAAACCAGUUUCAUAGCAUGAAUAGUUUUGAUUUGAUAUUCAUCCAAAAAAAAUUUUCAUCAUACGAAUGAAUCAACGAACAAUGAUUUUAUUUUGAGAUUAACACAGCUUCCCAUUCAGAAAUAAACAUUGAAAAAGUUAUAAUUCAAAUUCCAAUUUUAUUGAAUCCAACAUACCACUCGUUAUUGAGCUAAGCUAAAGAAUAGAAAUGUUGUUGUAGUCCAAGGGUGGGCGAGAUUUUGUCAAAAAUUUUGCCCACCUAGACUGGCUGGCCAUGUAAGUAUAACGUUAAAAGUUACGUUUUAUGAACAAUAUUUACAGUGCCACACAA